CAGCCGCAGCGGGCAGAGGCGGCGUGGAUUACAGUGGAUACACAGCAUGGCAGACACGUUGGACGAGCCUUGGUGGGAGACACGUGAAGGAACCAACCUUAGUCCAGCUCUUUCAGAUAAUGAGGAAGAAUGUGCUAAUACAAGUGAAACAAUUCAGCAGACUUCAAGUUCAACUCUUGUUUCUUCAAAGAAAAGGAAAAAGCCUACAGAAUGUUUCAUCAGUGUUGAGAGAGAGAAGUCUAAGGAUGAAAAAGAAAUUAAAAUGAAGCCAAAGAGAAAAAGAAGGAAGAAAAUUUCUGAUCUUCUCACAGAAACCGUGCCAAAGCCAGGUGUCCCAGAAGAUGUACAAAAAAUGCUCAAUCAACAUUUUGGAGCCAAACGUUCUGUGAUUGAACUAGAAGAAUUAAAACUGCCAGAUUCCUGUUUCCUCCCUGCCAAUGAUCUCACUCACAGCUUUUCUUCCUACCUGAAAGAAAUCUGUCCUAAAUGGGCAAAACUCCGUAAAAACCACACAGAGAAGUCAUCAGUGGUGAUGCUGGUAAUUUGCAGCUCUGCUCUCCGGUGUCUGGAACUCAUCAGAUCAAUGGCAGUGUUCAAAGGAGAUGGAAAGGUUAUGAAAUUAUUUGCAAAACAUUUCAAGAUACAAGAACAAAUGAAAAUGCUGGAAAAAGAUGUUGUUCAUGUGGGUGUUGGGACACCUGGAAGGAUAAAAGCACUAAUACAACAAGAAGGCCUUAAGCUGACUUCCUUGAAGUAUUUUAUCUUAGACUGGAACUAUAGGGAUCAGAAGUUAAGAAGAUUAAUUGACAUCCCAGAGAUAAAAAAAGAAACAAUUGAACUUCUAGAAAUGGAAUUAAUCAAGGUAUGCAGAAAUGGUUCUGUGAAGUUGGGACUCUUUUGAAAAAUGAUUAUUCCUGUAGCUCAUUCUAUUGAGCUGCCUUUAAAAGUGCCCAAAGCUGAAGAUGUGUGGUCGAUCCUUUUGUCAUCCACCAUUCUUUUGUAAUAAAACAUAUUUUGUGUGAAGAUCUACACUGGAAUUUUUUUAAUAAA